CUUGGGCAGACAGGUGCUGGAUGUACCUAUGAGGAUCUGGUAGACAGCAGCAGCAUGAAAAACAUCAUUGCAAUGAUCGAGAAGGAAUUUCCAUGGUGGGGGGAAUUGCAUGGAUGGUGGCACACAAACCCUGCCUACAAUAGCACCUGGAGUGCAGCUGAUAGUGGGCAGGGAUUCAUGAGGCAUGUGGUCGAAGCUGUUCAAGCUGUAGCCAGACCCAUUAGGUGGGGAUCCCAGUUUUUCCUUGGUGGGUGUGCCAAAUUCACCUGA